AGAGGAAGAGGGAAAACUCUGGAUCUGAGGGACUGUCCUGUCUGACGCGGGACAGUCUCAUACGGGACAGUCUCAUACGGGACAGUCUCAUACGGGACAGUCUCAUACGGGACAGUCUCAUACGGGACAGUCUCAUACGGGACAGUCUGGAUGUUUUUGUGUCCUUUGUACAAACUAAACUUUGGAGGAGUUAAACAUGGAGCUUUGGGACCAGGCCCCGCGUUAAAGGAGUGAAAGACACGGGACGCGUCUGUUUAUGGUGAAGAUGAGUCUGGACCCGGGGCAGGUCAGCGCCUCAGUGUCGACGGCGUCCAACGGGGGCAGCGAGGCAUCAUGGGAACAGAAGGCAGAGUGUAACAGCCAGGAGUGUGUGAACAACAGCAGCAGCAAAGCCAAGUCUGUCACAGGCCGACGGGCGCGGAAAGUGGAGGGAGCAAUGUUUUUCCCCAGACCGGAGCACGCCGUCACCAUCGCCGUGUCGACUCGUGUCCUGUUCCGCACUGACACGGAGCAGAAGGUGUUUGAGCGUCAGGGCAUCGAGGAAUAUCUGCGAUACCAGAUCGAACACGAGAACGAGCCCUUCGCCCCGGGGCCGGCGUUUCCCUUCGUGAAGGCUCUGGACACAGUGAAUUCUCGUCUCCGUGAGCUCUACCCACAAAGUGAAGAACUGUUUGACAUUAUCCUGGUGACGUAUAACCACGCCCACGUGGGAGUGCGGCUCAUCAACACCAUCAACCACCACAAUCUGUUCAUCGAGAGGUUCUGCAUGACGGGAGGGAGCAGUCCCAUCGGUUACCUAAAGGCCUGGCACACUGACCUCUACCUGUCCGCUGACGGCGCCAAGGUCAGAGAGGCUCUGGAGGAAGGCAUAGCAGCAGCCACCAUGUUUUUCCCAGAGAAGCAGACGGAGGUGUCCGAGUCUCAGCUGAGGGUGGCGUUUGAUGGAGACGCCGUCCUCUUCUCAGAUGAAUCCGAGCGAAUCUUCAAAGCCCACGGCCUCGACAAGUUUUUUGAACAUGAGAAAGACAAUGAAGACACACUGCUGGACCAUGGUCCUCUGAAGGGCUUCCUGGAGGCUCUGGGGAAACUGCAGAAGAAGUUCUACGCCAAAGGCCGUCGUCUGGACUGUCCCAUCCGCACCUUCCUGGUCACCGCCCGCAGCGCGGCCAGCUCUGGGAUCCGGGCGCUGAAGACCCUCCGAGCCUGGGGUCUGGAGAUCGAUGAGGCCCUGUUUCUGGCUGGAGCUCCCAAAGGUCCCAUGUUGGAGAAGAUCAGGCCUCACAUUUACUUUGAUGAUCAGAUGUUUCAUGUGGAAGGAGCAGCUGAGAUGGGCACGAUCGCUGCUCACGUCCCCUAUGGAAUCGCACAGCAUCACAGCUCCAGGAAGAAUCCAGCUCCAGGCAAAUAGACCGACCUUAAAUAAAACUAGAGAAGAAAACACCUGGAACUCUGAGAUACUGUGAAUAUACAAGUCUGUACAAACAUCAGGACGACUCGUGAGAUGAGUCUGGUUUGAGGUCUGGAACCAAAGACCACCUGGACAGUGACUGGACUUGAAUGUUAUUGAACAUUUUAUUAUUUAUGAUGCAGUAAAAUCGUGUCACUUUACGGUGUGUGUUAGUCAGUUACAAAAUGUUAUUUAUAUAAAAAGUCUUUACUGAUGUUGCAGCUCUAUUAAAACUUUGGUUAUGCCUUAGAAAAAACACCUUAAUUAGCCUUAAUAAAGCAUGAACAAAGACUUCUAUAACAAACACACAUUGUAUUAAUAGUUAAAGGAUCAGGAUUUAGGCUUAGUAACUACUUAAAGAAGGGGUUAAAGGUCAGGGCGACAGUAGCUCAGUCGGUUAAGUUCACUUUGUGCACGGAUCUGAAGGUCGGUGGUUCAAAUCCCCCCACGAUAUACACAAAUUACAACACAUAGACAAAGAGGAACAAAACAAUAAAACACCUGUCUGUCCUGUCGUGUUAAACUGUGUUAAAGAUCUGACAGGCAGAGGGCGCUGUUCCAUAGUCUGAUCUUGAUGUAAAGCAUUUUGAAGGUGGAAAAGGUCAAUAUAAAAAUGUGAGUAUUUAACAUAUACAAAGGCUAAUGAAGGUGUAAUGUUUAUAAAGCAUAACCUGUGACUAUAUAAACCGCUGUUCUGUCCAAAAACAGACCUUUGUCUCAGAGACUGACAUUCUGCUCUAUAUGUGAGUGUUAUGUACAGACUGUAGUUAAUAUAAUGCAAUAAUCCUCACCAGCAUUUUACAGAUAUAUUUAGUGUCACCUCAUCAGAAUAUUGUCAGUGCCUUGACCCAUGAGCCGCCAAAGCUUUGAUUUUAAAGAUGCUGUACUUAUAUUUGUGUUCCAUCUGAAUGCACUGUAUCGACUGUGACCUCCUGCUCCCGGCCUCAGUAAAACACACACACACACACACACACCUACAAAGGAACAACUGUUCCAAAAAGUUUCAACGUGUGAACACACAUGGAGUUAAACACACACACGUUUAACAUAUGAACACACACAUGGAGUUAAACACACAUGUGUGUUUAACUCCAUGAGUCACUCACCUCCAUCCACAGGUCCCUAAGUGUAAACAAAGACGACCACAGUCACAUAGUUUUAAGAGAGAAACAAACCAUUGUCCUGGUCUUUUUCUUUACAGAUUUGUUCUAAACCAGACGCAGCCUACGGCAACACACAUGGACAAACUACAUCUAACGUGCCUCUGUUAUAACGGCCUUGUAAAUGUAGGUCUGUGUUCAGUUAAAUAUCUGUUUUUUGUUUGUAUGUUUUAAACUGCUCAAUUCAAACUAGAAAUGAAAUCCUCUCCUCUUACCUCCAGGCUCCGCCCCUCUCCUCUUAAAUCCCUCAGGCCCCGCCCCUCCCUCGCCUCUUUAGUCCCUCAGGCCCCACCCCUCCCUCUCCUCUUUAGUCCCUCAGGCCCCACCCCUCCCUCUCCUCUUAAGUCCCCUAGGCCCCGCCCCUCCCUCUCCUCUUUAGUCUCUCAGGCCCCACCCCUCCCUCUCCUCUUUAGUCCCUCAGGCCCCACCCCUCCCUUUCCUCUUUAGUCCCUCAGGCCCCACCCCUCCCUCUCCUCUUUAGUCCCUCAGGCCCCGCCCCUCUCCUCUUGGAGUUUAUUUUAGUUUCACUUUAAAUCAGAAGAUGGCAGGAUAAACUUCAGGAUAAACUGUUUCUAUGGUUCAAUUUUACUUUGUUUUACACUUUUUAAAUAAUUUCCAAUACCACAACACAAUGUGACCUUUAUGUGGGUGUAAAUAACGUGCUGUUUACCUGGUGCAGACGCCAUUUUGAGGACCAGGAUGUUUCAUUUUGUGUCACUUGCAAAGGUGCACUGUGUUUCCACAGUAUGGCAUUAAACUUGUAUAUCUCUAUGGAGACAAGCAGUUGUCACCAACAGGACAAGUUACAGGUCCAAUCUGUGGAGAGGCGACCC